GGGAUUCAACAAUCGGUCAAUUCCCGCAUUUUGUGCUAUAGUCGCUUUUUUCCUCUUCCCUGACAGAUCGAACCGGCGGCCGCUCGUUCGUUACUCUCCAUCAACGUUCGAAUAACUUCUUCUCCGGUUUUCGAGUAGCUUCUCCUCAGAAGGUUUGCUCGAGUAGCUUCUUCUCGUUGGCCCUUUUGAAUGCCCUUUUUGUUUGCGCAGUGGGAAAAAUUGGUUGUUGGCUUGAGUUCUGAUUGAUAAGAGAAAGGCAAUGGAAGCGAAGAAUCCCCAAGUUUUUAUGGAUGUCUCUGUGGAUAAGGUGCAUGCUGGAACGAUGGUUUUUGAGCUAUUCAAAGAUGUUGCCCCUGCAACAGUAGAAAAUUUUCGUGCCCUGUGUACUGGUGAAAAAGGAAAAGGACCGAUACAAAGACUGCCCCUACACUACAAGGGUUCCUUCUUUUAUCAGAUUUGGAGAGGCUCCUCCUAUAUAAAGGGUGGUGAUUUUUUUAGCUCACGCGGGACUUGUGGCGAAAGCAUUUAUGGUGCAGAUUUCCCAGAUGAGAAUCCUGAACUUGAAUGCGAUGCACGAGGGCUUUUGUGCAUGGAUAUUUGUGAUCGUCUUGGCAUUGGUUCUCACUUUGUGAUAACAAAGAAACCUGAUCGGCGACUUAAAAGGUUUCAUGUGGUCUUUGGUAAGCUGGCUCGCGGAAUAGAAACACUAGACAAGAUUACUGAGGCUCGUUUAGGGUCAUCAGUUCAAGUCACCAAUUGUGGUGAAUGUAAUGAAGAUGAUAUCGAGACUGGCGAAGAACCAGGAACUAAGAGGGCGAGAAGAGAAUAAGAAUAAAAAGGCGGGAGCAGAUUGUGGCAUCCUAAGUUUUGUGGGGCCUCUGUUUUAUGGUAUUAAUGACCGAGACCUCUAUAUAUGUUCAAUUACACGCGCGCGCGCGCACAAACAGAAAUAUCUAAUUACACUAAGAAAAAAGUGAAUUAUAAUUACGCUUAUUUUAAAGGAAGUUUUUUUGUCACGGAAGUUUUUGAAAAGAAGCUUCGUGUGCUUGGAAGGUUUUUUGGUUGUAAUUUUGUCUUGUUCUGAUAGACCCAAAUGGUUAACUAACAUUGACUGGAUUAAAAAGUUGUGGAUAUUUAGAAUUUUUUUUUCCUUGCAA